AUGAGUGGUGGUAGACUUGACAUUGGCUUCCUCGCGUGUCUCGUGCCCAUAAUAGGCAUCUCGACGAUGCUCAGCACCGAAUUGGUGGCCUGCACCAGUCAUUUCGACUGUCUCGACGCUUUUCCGACGCUGUCGUACGCUGCAACGUUUGAACCGGAAGGCCACGUCUUUCUGCUGGGCAUGUGUCUCACGGCCGCUCUGAUCUUCGUGUCGAUUUCGCUCUUUUUCUGGUACGUGCAGCUACGCACGCGCCACCAGCGCACAAAGCAGUGGAAACAGACCAGUGCGCAGUACGUGGCAGCAAGCUACGUGUGCCUCGUGUUCGGCCUUGUGACAGCGCUGUCGCUCUUUGGACUCGCUGCGAUGGACAUGCGGGCGCACCACGACGCGCACAUUGUCUGCACUAUUGUCUUUUUCGUCUCGGCGUGGGUGAUGAUGAUUGCAGUGCAAGUGGCGCGAACAAGCGCUUUGCAUGCGGAUGCGAGUCAAGACGUUGAUGGCAAGUUGGUAAAACGUGACGGUCUAUUCACAGUGCUGCAGCGCCGAUCCUUUUGGGUAUCACUGCGUCGGUGGAGACGAUUGGAUAGCUUUACGGCGUACAUUUUGGGACGUUUGGUGCUUUAUAUGGGACUGACAUCCACCUUGUUAUUCGGUGUCUUUUUCUUGUGCGCAAACGGCGUGUGGUCGAAUCCGUUGGGCUUUACUGCUGUCCAAGAAGCCUUUUUCGAAGCUUUUGCGAUCGUGUGCCAGCUACUUUUCAUGGGUACAUUAUCGUGCGAGCUAGCACACCUCGCAAGACUUCUUGAACACAGCGACUUCACAGAGUCAACGAUGUCUGGGAGAAAUCAAUAG